AUGCACAACAUAACUGAUACUGAUUACAGCUAUGGUUACCUGGUAGAGAACGAUGCUCAAAACGAGAGUGAUAAUGGCCUUAGCCAUGAAUUUAACAUUGGCAUGGAUUCUUCUCUGCCAAGAUCCGCAUGGGUUCAAAACAACAAUGCAAAUGUGAUUUAUGCCAUCUGUGACGGGGUGGACGACAGGAAAGAUAGUUAUGGAUGCAACAACACGAACAUAGCUGUUGUUCUGUCGAUACUAAGGGAUCAAAUUGCAUCCCGGGAUAAUUGUUUAAUGCACUGCGAUUAUAGCAACGAUUCUGUACUUAACGUUUUAAGAUCCACUCCGAGACACAUAAGCGUUUUCCCUAACAAAUCUAGGUGGUGGCAGAGGGGCCAGGUUCGCUACGGGUCCCAAAUCACCAACAUAAAUGAGAAGAUAAUUUCCAAGACCUUUACAGGCGUUGAGGGCCCUGUAGAGGACAAGGCCUGCGCAAUAUGCCUGGAUGAUCUUACCACCGAUUUAAUAUCCCUAAACGGAUGCCUACACAUUUACCACAAAACCUGCUUUGUCGAAUACGUUCUUAACAGCAAGAAGUCCAAGAUAGUAUGCCCGCUCUGUAACUGCAUUUCUUUUGCAGGACGGGGCCCCUCACCUCCCGGCAAAAUGUCUUGGAACGUGAAAAAGGAGGUGACUCUGCUCUCCAAUGGGACCCUCAUAACGACCAUUGAGAUAAAAUACAAGAUGGAGAGUGGCACUCAACUUCGAUGGCAUCCUAACCCGGGAAAGCCGUACAAGGGAGUCUAUAAAAAGGCCUUCCUGCCCAUAACUUCCGACUACCUCUUCAUCCUAAAAAUGCUAAUAUUGGCUUUCCUUGAUGGGCAAACCUUCAGAAUAGAGGAUUCGUUUGAUGCGAAGUUUGGAAACACCGUAUGGAAUGGGAUAGAGCAUAAAACCAACAUCGAUGGCGGCGUUGAGGGUGGAGGGUUUCCGGAUAGCAACUACAAGUCACGAGUACUAGAAAACAUACUUUCCAAGGGAGUUGAGUAUUCAAUAUAA